AUGUAUUGUCGCUGCGGUAGAGUCCAGCAGGAUGCAUAUCGCUUCCACUGUCCCCUUCAGACCCACGGGGCUUUUUCAACCGCAUAUGAGCCGGGCAUACUCAAUGAGACGCUCGAAGGCUUGGAUGCCUUCCCAGAGAAGAAUAUCUUACUCUUGGGCGAGACGGGGGUGGGCAAGUCUACCUUUAUCAACGCCUUCGCCAACUACGUCUACCACCCCACUUUGGACGAGGCGAAUCGAAACUCGUUCCAGUCCGUGAUCCCGUUCUCCUUCAGAGCGUGUGACGAUGUCACAUUCGAGGAGAGAAUCACCGACAGCAAGGAACAGCUCAUCCGAGGUCUACAAAAUGUGCACGACCAAUAUGAAGAUGAAUUGAGCCAGAUCCUGAACUUCGCGGCUUCGUUAAGCGCUAGGUUGAGUGCCAUAACGGACCCCAACGAGCCCUUGCAAAGGAUCAGAAACCAAUACACCACGACACUCGCGGCACUCGAGGCGCCGAACAGUGGCUCUGGUUUAGCGGUGGAUACUACCACUGUCAAAGGAAAGAUGGAAACACUGUACGCCCUGCAGCACUUUGGCAGCUCACUCCGGAGCAAUGUUUCCGCAUUGCAGGAUGCGCAAGAUCGCACGCAGCUGGAGAAUAUAUUCCCUGUCGUGGUCCGCGGUUGGGAACGUCCGACACCACCGACACCACCGGCCGAUGGUGGGAACUUGACACCCGGGACUUCAGGAGGUUGGAGAGUCGAUGUAGCGAGUCGACCUGGUGGGGGAUUGCCAGUGACUGUUCCGGUUGUGGGGCAGUUGGCCCAGUAG